UUCAGUGUCAGCGGAGAAGCCUUUGUGGAUAUGGAAUGGGAAAGGUCUAAUUAUGCAUCCUCUAUUGGCGGGGGACUUUUUUUCCAUUUUGUAACAGACGGUCAUGAUCAUAACAGAGGAUUUGAAAUUAGUUUUACGCGGAAUCCUAAAGAUGAUUUGUAUGUUUAUCCUACUCCAUGUCCACAACCUUUUUAUUAUGCAUCCAAUUCUACUCAAUAUCUUCCUUCAACUGCUGUUAAUAACAGACAAACAUGCAUCUUCUCUAUAAAUUCUACACAAGCAGUAAAGCUUAUAAUCAGAGGAUUCGACAGUUCACGAAAUAAAAUUGAGGUAUUCCAUGAAUAACUGUCCGUGGGGAUUUUCCUUUUAUGAUUUUUUCGUAAAAUCAUUUUUUUCUCCCCUCGCGUUAUCAUUGUUGGCGAAUGAUAGUAAUUGUUGGCGAAACUUUUGAGAAGUUUGGAAGGGCAGGAAUCCAAUUCUUUUAUGUUAAGGAUAUUGUGUAUAUUUUGUAAAUAUUUCCACUAUAUCCGUAUUCGUCGGUAUCCGCGGAUCCAUCUGUGAACAUGCCUGGUUUUAUUAUUACAUUAUAAUUCAGCUCACUUUAAGAGUUCAAAUAUAUUUAAGAACUUUGUCACGAAUUUAUAUUCUUUAAAUUUUUAUUUAGUUAUUUUUAAAUAAACUUUUUCAUGAUUUAUUACGCCAAGCUGUCAAAAAAUUAUUUGACAGAAAUUAAAGGAAAGAAGAAAACGCGCAGAAAAUUCCUUUUGCAAAAUUUCUUUUCAUGUCUUUCAGUAGGUAAAUGCGAGCUGGGCAUUUACCAAGGAUUUGAAAUUGUCCAAAAUUGUUUAAAUUAAAAAGGGAGUGUGAUGAAUCUAUACCAGAGACGAGACAAGGGAAAAAUGAAAAUGGGGACCCCAAAGUUCAAAAUUAUACAAAAAAAUUUCCAGGUUUUUGAAACUGAAAGUUUUCCCAAACCUUAUGUGGAACGUCAAGGAGGACAAUUAGCAAAAAUUGAAAGGCAUUCCUUCAAUUCAUUCCCUUUAAUUGUA